AAUUACAAAAUGGGAUGAAUGUAAUUGUUCAUCUAAAUGAACAUAGCUUGGAGGAACAUAGGGUGUUUCAACCCAUGCUUGAAAACAAGCUGCUGAAAUGUCGAAAUAUUGCACAUUCCAUUGAAACACCCUAUCUUCCUCCAAGUUAUCAUCAUUUAGAUCAACAAUUACCUCCCUCGCAUUCUCUAAUUUCUUUUCCUCAUUACCGCCACCAAUCACUUGCUCCCUAAUCAUACUACCAUUUAUGUACAUAAUAAAGCCACUAAAAUCUAUAAAUAGAAAAGAAGAGUCCGAAUUGGACCUAGGCUUUUCAGCGACCAAUGGCUCAUUUUGAGUUUGGAAUCAGUUGGCUACCAUUUGAUACAACACAACAAUUCCUCUGCAAUACAUUCAUACAGAAUUCAGCAAAAGGAAGCUGCUCUUCUAUAUAUUACCAAAUUAAAGACACACAGAUAUCAGUUGUCAUUGCCACAUGGAUCCAAUUUAAUCCAUAUCAAUUUCUGUCUACUCCAACAAUGAUGUUUUACUGCAUGUUCAGUCUCAAACUGAGAAAAGGUGUUGAUAAUUUCAUCAAAGGUUGCUUGAAUAGUAUCAUCCACACCACCAUCAGAGCUGACAAUUUCAAAAACCAUAUUUUCCAUUUGAUAUUGGACAUGAUGUCAAGUGUUGAUGAUAGAAAAAGUGCAUCCAAGAAUCGACAAUUCAUAGAAAAAGUGCAUCCAAGAUUCGACAAUUCAUUGAAAAAGUUAGUUUUGAAGUUGAAAAUCAAUGUGAAAAUUCCAUGUUCACUUCUUAGUUUUGAAGUUUUGAAGUUGGUACUUGAAAAGUUGUACUCUGGAUUUUUCACAGAUAAAGCUCCAAUCUUCUACAAUUGUUUGUAA